AUGACGAAUACUAAGGGUUAUCGUCGCGGCACACGCCACCUGUUCUCACGUGCAUUCCGGCGACAUGGUCAGCUUCCAAUGUCCGUGUAUAUGCGCGUAUAUAAGCGCGGCGAUAUCGUUGAUAUCAAGGGCGAUGGCGGUGUCCAAAAAGGUAUGCCGCACAAGUGCUAUCACGGUCGGACUGGGAGGGUCUACAAUGUUACACCUCAUGCUUUGGGUGUUAUUGUAAACAAGCGUGUUGGCAAACGGAUCAUCCCGAAACGCAUUAACGUCCGUAUCGAGCACGUGAAACCAAGCAAGUGUCGGGAAGAUUUUCUUCGCCGCGUCAAGGAAAAUGACCUCAAGCGCAAAGAGGCUAAGGCCGCCGGAACCUACGUAGAAUUAAAGCGACAGCCUGCGCAACCCCGACCGGCGCAUGUCGUUAAGACGAAGACCAAUCCGGUUGUCACUGUCCAUCCACUUCCGUAUGAGCUAAUCGCCUGA